AAUUCAUAAAGGUUCAUUUUUGAGGUAAACAAUUCAACAACCUGACCGCUCUGCGAUCUUGAGGUAUCGAGGUGUGAAAGUCAUUCGCACUUGGGCUAUCUGCAAGUAUAACUCUAUUCUCUCCUGGGUGUAUAUUAAGUAAGAACACUUUUCAGUUCACCGAAAAGGAAAGUAGUUGUAUUAUGCGAUUAGCGCUGAGAGUAACAGAUUACUGGGGGACGCAAGACUGUGAGAGAGCGCCGGAGCAGGUGUUUGGCGAAUGUCACACGCCAAACAUGCAGAAGAACAAGGAUUAAGUAGCCUGUUGACGUGAACUGUACCUUAGAAGUUAGCAGAAGCCGUCAGACGUCUCUGGAUUUCGAUCAAAAAUGCGUGACUGAGCCCCGACUGGAUAGCACACCGGGGGAGAUCCACGGGGGGGUGAAUGACAAAGUCCUCGUGCGAAAAUCCGGCGAACACGCGCCGGGACGACAGUUGUGCGGCUGCUUUGCACGACUCAGGAGCGCGAGUGAGGGCGCGCUGCGGGGGAGCGCGUGGUAGGCGUGCGGGCGGAGAGUUCCGACAGGGCGUCAGAUGAGCUGAAGAUCUGCAGGACUUUGCCUCCACAAUCAAUCAAACAAAGCAUUCCGAAGCCCCGCCCACUUCAGAAAGCCACCGUGAAUAACUGUCUCUACAGGCACACCUGAUACAGACAGUAACUUCCUGCUGGCCAACGCGCAGGUGGCGAAGGGCUUCCCCAUCGUGUACUGCUCGGACGGCUUCUGCGAGCUGACGGGCUUCUCGCGCGCGGAGGUGAUGCAGGAGAGCUGCGUCUGCAGGUUCCUGUACGGCCCCGACACCGCCGACGCCAUCGUGCUGCAGGUGGACCUGGCGCUCAGCGACAAGAAGGAGUUCAAGGGAGAGAUCGUCUUCUACAAGAAGAGCGCGACGCUCUUCUGGUGCUUACUGGACAUCGUCCCCAUUAAGAACGAGAAGGGCGACGUGGUCCUGUUCCUGGCCUCCUUUAAGGACAUCACCGACACCAAGGUCAAGGUUGUCCCCGAGGACAAGAGAGAAGAAAGACGUAAGGGUCGGUUGAGGAAGGGGGCCCAGUUCAGCUCGGCUCGGCUGAGGGGCGGUACCGUCCUCUACCACAUCUCGGGACACCUGCACAGCCGAGAGAGGAAGAGCAAACUAAAACUCAACAAGAAUGUGUUUGGAGACCUGCCGGCGCUCCCUGAGUACAAGGUCGCCGACGCCAAGAAGUCAAAGUUCAUCCUCCUGCACUACAGCACCUUCAAGGCAGGCUGGGAUUGGCUGAUCCUCCUGGCCACCUUCUACGUUGCCGUGACGGUGCCGUACAACGUCUGCUUCAUCGGAGACGAUGACCUCACGCGCAGUACCACGGUCAGCGACAUCGCCGUGGAGAUCCUCUUCAUCAUCGGUGCGGACAUCGUGUUCAGUUUCCGCACCACGUACGUGAGUAAGUCUGGGCAGGUGAUCUUCGAGGCGCGGCUGAUCUGCGUUCACUACAUGACCACCUGGUUCAUCAUCGACCUGGUCGCCGCCCUGCCCUUCGACCUGCUCUUUGCCUUCAAAGUCAGCGUGCUGUCGGUGGUGCACCUGCUGAAGACGGUGCGGUUGCUACGGUUACUGCGGCUGCUGCAGAAGAUGGACAGGUACUCGCACCACAGCACAGUGGUGCUGACGCUGCUCAUGUCCAUGUUCGCCCUGCUGGCCCACUGGAUGGCCUGCAUCUGGUAUGUCAUCGGCAAGAAGGAGAUCGAGCUCAAUGCCAAGAACUGGGACAUCGGCUGGCUGCAUGAGCUGGAGAAGCGGCUGCAGUCUCCGUACGGCGGCGGUGGCAGUGUUGCCGGGGGAAACGACACGGGGGUCCCGUCGCUACGCAGCGUCUACAUCGCCUCGCUGUACUUCACCCUCAGCAGCCUGACCAGCGUGGGCUUCGGCAACGUCUCCGCCAACACCGACGCCGAGAAGAUCUUCUCCAUCUGCAUCAUGCUCAUCGGAGCUCUGAUGCAUGCCCUGGUGUUCGGUAACGUGACGGCCAUAAUCCAGCGGUUGUACUCGCGGUGGUCUCUCUACCACACCCGCACCAAGGACCUGAAGGACUUCAUCUGCGUGCACCACCUGCCGCACCAGCUCAAACAGCGCAUGCUCGAGUACUUCCAGACCACCUGGUCCGUCAACAACGGGAUCGACUCCAACGAGCUCCUGAAGGACUUCCCAGACGAGCUGCGCUCUGACAUCACCAUGCACCUGAACAAGGAGAUCCUGCAGCUGUCGCUGUUCGCCUCGGCCAGCAGGGGGUGCCUGCGCUCCCUGUCCCUGCACAUUAAGACCUCCUUCUGUGCCCCCGGGGAGUACCUCCUGCGCCAGGGCGACGCCCUGCAAGCCAUCUUCUUCGUCUGCUCCGGGUCCAUGGAGGUGCUGAAGGACGGCAUGGUGCUGGCCAUCCUGGGUAAAGGAGACCUGAUUGGGGCGAACGUGGCGGUGGACGAGC